UCAUUUCUUACAGCUGAUAUAAACGACAUUGUUUUGUACUUUAGCCCUAGAAGGUCUCCGCUGCUUGAGCUUAAUCCUACGGACUCCAUUUCACUCUCCGUUUAAUCCCCGCAUGGAGGAACCCAGGCCUUAUCACACUCACUGCCGGCCUUUCCAAUACAGCAUUUCCGCUUCUGUAAAGCUGACGACACAGGAGUUCCUGCCAAUCAGCGGCUAGAUCUGGCUUUUUGACACUCCCUGUGGAAUUUCCAGCCUAGUAUACACAGUGGACACAUUACUACAGAUAUUCAGCUUGGACACUACCUUGACCCAGCUCUCAUGAAGGGUCCCAGAAAUAUUCUGUUAUUCCUCCAGGAUAAGUUAAGUAUCGAAGACUUUACAGCAUUUGGGGGUGUCUAUGGCAACAAACAAGACAGUGCAUUUCCUAAUCUACAGAGCAUUGUGGAGUCAUCCCCUUCCUCCCUGGUUCUGCCUGCAGUGGACUGGUACGCUGCUAACAUAUUGCCCACAUACCUGAAGGAGAAGCUUGGAGUCAGCCCCCUGCAUGUAGACCAGUCCACUCUCCUGGAGCUGAAGCUGAAUGAAAGUGUCCCCUCUCUGCUCGUUGUCCGGUUGCCUUAUGCAAGCAGUACUGGUUUGCUGGCAGCUAAAGAUGUUCUGAGAGCUAAUGACCAAGCAAUUGGACAAGUUCUGAGCACAUUAAAGUCAGAGGGUGUGCCCUAUACUGCUUUGCUGACUGCACUACGUCCCUCACGGGUUAUCAAAGAGGCCUCAUUUGCUGUGGGAAACCUUGGGCGCCAGUUACUUGCCACUGAGCAGCCUAUGCCAAGCUAUCCUCCCGUGGCCUAUAACAGUAGCCAGAACAGACCAUGCAUCCUAUUUUGGGCCACCAAUGUCUCUGUAACAGUGGAUGACGUGCAGGUGGAUCUAACUAGCCAAACCUUUACGGGCAGCGACCUCAAUCUGACUGGGUCUCUCUGUAACAACCUCAAUGCAGUACUGGCGCUAACGUACAAAGAUGCAGUGAAAGGACUGCCCCUGACUUUGCGGUUCCUCCUUCAGCGAAGAUUUUACCCUGUCUCUGGCCGCUUCUGGUUCAUUCUGAGCCACGUGGAGAUGAUCCACGGUCAAAACACGGCUGUUUUUCUUGCUCCUCAAGUGAAUGCUCCCAGCAACUACUCCUUCCACUGCCAGUACAUCAGUAGUUGGCAGACCUUUGGUUCUCUUCUUGUGAGCAACACCAGCAAGGAUUUGCCCUCCUCUCGAUGGCAGCUUCACAUUGCUGACUUCCAGAUCCAGGGUUUCAAUGUGACUGGGAUGGCAUUUUCAUACGCCAGUGACUGUGCAGGCUUCUUCUCCCCGGGCAUCUGGAUGGGGCUCAUCACCACCUUGCUCUUUGUCUUUAUCCUGACCUAUGGACUGCACAUGGUUAUGAGCCUGAAGACUAUGGAUCGUUUUGAUGAUCCCAAGGGCCCAAGCAUUGCUGUGCCCCAGACAGAGUGAUUGGCAUAGGGCAGUUUCCAAACAUUGUUGUGCCCCAGACAGCAGUUAAAGUAGGGACAAUUCUCUGAUCUGUGAUCAAGUACAGCAGUGAUUAUGUGUAUGUGUUCCUGGAAAAUAAAUGGAGCCAGAUUAGUAGGUGGCUUAAUCCCGUGUCCAUACCCAGACGCCAUUGUGUUCUGGGUACAGGCUUAGGCCUCCACUGUACAGUUCCAUCUGGAACCCCUAAUUUAUGCCCUUUCAUGUGUGUUGAGUUGUCAGUUCACUGGAUAUUGAUUCCUUUCUAUUUCCGUAGCCUGAAUUCAUUCCUUUGCUUUGCAUGCAGUCCCCACAAGGGAGGCCUUAUGUCCAUAGGUCCAGUACCCAGGCUGGCUGGAGGGGGCAGCAAUCCAUGUGAUGUAUAUUUCUCUCUGCGUAUAUAGUACCAGGCCAAUGGCUUGUAUUUAUUUCUUGUUGUGUGAUGUCCAGCUAGAGCUCAUGAAUGUAAAGUCAGUGUAUUUGCCCAAGCACUGUAGCUCAUUACCCUCCAGGGCAGUGGGUUCAGCCAGCAUCUCCAGGGAUAGCAAAUAAAUGUUGCUGUGUAACCUUUCACUGUAUAACCGCAAAUAAAGUGUUUAUGUGCUUUAA